ACGUCACUGCUCAGGUCACACCUCAAUCAGCUAAACACGAAGCGGCAGCUUAUAUACUGAUACCUGUUUCAUCCUAAGCAUUCUGGAAUAAAUCUUGGUACAGAAAAGUAUUUUAUUGCCUUGCAUAGAAUUCAUUUAUCGUGGGUGAAGUUGCAACAAUGGCGGUGGUGGAGAGGAAGUUGGAAGGGCAAGUUGUGUUUUCUGAAAUUGGUCGCACGCAUUAUGGAUUCGAUGUUUUCACAAUCGAUCUUCCUCGUGACUUGAAUGAGGUGAAAUCUGUGAAGCUCAAAGACAAAAGACUAACAGACGGAAGAUCUGUUAACUACAAUGCUCAAUUUGUGGCCAUCGAAGAUAUCAAGCUCUUCCUUCGACACCAAGAUCACGAUUUUGCAAAGUCUGAGUUGGAGAUUAAUGACGAAGAGGAGAGCUUGGUAUUUGUCUCGGAGCGAACUGGAAGCGCCAGAAUACACUUGAGCGCAGCCAUUAAAACAGAGGAAGAUAAUUCUUCGAGAAGAGUAACUGUGGGUUCUCUGAAGGAAGUCGGCGGAUUCUUCUUCGACAGGCCCCUUGUCAACAAUGGAAAAGUCUUUUUCGUAUCGACUCGAGAGAAACCUGCUUAUCAAGCUAUUGGAAGCUGGUCUGCAGUCUACUCUACGUCUCUCAAAACAGGGGCAACAGUUCGGCUUACUCCUCCCGGUGUUACCGACUUCAGUCCCUCCAUUUCUCCCUCUGGAAAAUGGCUGAUGGUUGCCUCUUACGGCAAGACAAGAGAGUGGGAGAUGAAACAUAUUGAGGAUCUCCAGACUGAUCUCUAUGUUUUCAGUGCAGAUGACGGCUCUAACAGGAGAAUGGUUGCAGAGUGGGGAGGCUGGCCGAGCUGGGCAGAUGAAAAUACAGUCUACUUUCACAGAAGGGCUGAAGAUGGGUGGUGGAGCAUCUACAGAUUGAACCUUUUGGAUGGAGCAAUUCAACCAAAGCGGAUAACGCCGCCCUCUGUUCAUGCUUUCACUCCCUGCGCUUCACACACGGGGAACUGGAUAGCGGUGGCUACCCGCAGACCGGAGACCAAGUUCAGGCAUAUUGAAAUCUUCGACCUGCAGUCGAAAUCUUUUAUACCGGUGACCGCCUCUACCAAUCCGGAGAUUCAUCACUACAAUCCUUUCGUUUCCCCUGAUUCUUCAAAGCUGGGCUUCCACAGAUUCAGGGGAGAAGAUGCCCAAGAGGGUGACACCAUGAUUCCUUUCUUAGAGCAUGUGGAGUCACCCAUUGCGACGCUUACAAUGCAGAGAAUAAACGGCUUUUUCCCGACGUUUUCUCCUGAUGGGUCUCUCAUAGCCUUCAAUCCUGGUUUGGGUCCAAUUGGUGGAGUUCACGUAGUGAAGGCAGAUGGGGAGUCCAAGAGAUGGAAAUUGUUCAAUGGCCCUGCAUUUGCUGUUUCAUGGAAUACCAAGAAAAGUGGGCUUUUAUAUGCGUCUGUUGGUCCCAUUUUUGCUUCGGAUAAAACUACAGUUCAUGUAAUAUCAAUCCGCUUUAAUCCAGACGACUUGGGAGAAGAGGGCGAUGUCAGAUCAGAGGUGAAGAUUUUGACCAAAAAUGGCACCAACAACAAUGCCUUUCCUUUUGCAUCUCCAGAUGGGAAACAAUUGGUCUUCAGAUCGGGGAGAUCUGGGCACAAGAAUCUGUACAUAAUGGAUGCAGAGGAGGGCGAGGAGAGCGGGAUUCGAACCCUGACUGAAGGCCCCUGGAUUGACACCAUGCCCUCCUGGUCUCCCGACGGUCAAUGGAUUGGAUUUUCUUCUAAUCGGGACAAUCCCCAUGAAUCGACCUACUUUAGCGCGUAUUUAGUUCAUCCAGAUGGAUCGGGGCUACACAGAGUGCCGGGCACCGAGAAGGAAAGAAUCAACCAUGUCUGCUUCAGCCCCGACUCUAAAAGUCUUCUUUUUACUGCGAAUUUAAGCGGAGUUUCGGCAGAGCCAGUUUCUCUGCCCAAUCAAUUCCAACCUUAUGGAGAACUUUUUUUGUCUGCGUUGGAUGGAAGUGAUUUGCAGAGGUUAACUUUCAAUGCGUAUGAAGAUGGGACUCCUGCAUGGCACAAGGGUUGUAAUGUCGAGCAAAUUGAUUUUCAGUCUCUGAAUUUAACUGAUAAGAAAAUAUUAGGGGAAAAGCUGAAAGCCGAUUUUGAUGAACCAGGGUGGCUUGCAGAACCGUAGAGCUGUGACAUAUGACCAAAAUUACUUUGAAUAAUUGGCAUAUGGCCAAGAUUACAAAGCUUUUUAGUGAUCUGUGUUCUGCAUUUUCUGUGUGUUUUCUACUGACAUUUGGAAUCUUUGCAAUAGGUAUUGCCGCAAUGUCUUAUCUUGUUGCAAUGACCAGGUAAUACAAAAUAUAUAUUUGGAUUUUA